AUGAAGUUCUUUGCCGUCGCCCUUCUUUUCGCCGCCUCAGUCUCCGCCGUGGCGGUCGACACCAACGUCUCUCCGCUUUUGCACAAGCCCGGUCGUCGUGGCGUCGAUUGUGGCGCCUGCGCGAGAUUGAACUACUGCAGCGGAAGUAAAAACGAGGAGUGUGACCUUGACGGAUGCUGCAAAUGA